AUGAGGAAAUCUCUGUUUCUCACCGUGAGAAACAAAAAUGUUUCUCACAGUGGCAUUUCUGGUGAAUUGUUUUUUAUGGAGAAGACUGGUAUUAUGACCGAUAUUAUGGAAAUCGAAACUGAAGGCGUUAUUAGGGGCAGUGAGGUUGGUGUUGGUGACUGUGGUAGUGUCGUGAAGUUUAGGAGUAAUGUUGAUAUGGAGGAGGAGGAGGGCAAUGAUAUGGAGGGUAUAGAAGACAUAGUUGUUGCAGAUAGUUGUGCUGAGGGUGUUGGUGCAGCUGACAUGAAUUCGAAUGUUAGGUAUUUAUCCCCCGUGAAAACAAUUCAUACGACUCACACUGUGGUUGGUAGCAACGAAAUGCGUGUAACUGUUGAGGAGCCUAAGGAAGGGAUGGUUUUCCGGUCUUGGCAAGAGGUUGAAGCCUACUAUAAGGAGUAUGCUGAGCAGAUGGGGUUUGGAGUGUCAAGGGUUCAAGGCGUAAAUUCUAAGACGGUGGACAAACAAAGAAUUGCAAGCACGUGGAGGUGUGAGUGUUGGGGUAAACCCGACAUGAGGGCUAGGAGGGCAGCGAAGAAGAGGGCAAAGGCAAUAGGUGUUGGAGGUUUAGGUGGUUUAGUUGAUGGGGUGGUAUGUGAGGAUGAGUUAAGUCGUAGGAAGAGGACUUCGAAAAAGUGUGAAUGUGAGGCCCGUGUUUAUGCUAGAGUGAAUGAAGAUGGCAUGUGGGUGUUGAAGACAGUGCACUUAAAGCAUAAUCACAAGGUUGAUCCGGCAAAUUCUAAGCUUGUGAAGGAGUACCGCAUGAAGAAAAUGACCUCAACAGUGAAGAAGAAGCUGAUGGAUUUCUAUGAGCAAGGUUUACCAAUUUCUCAAAUACACGGUUACAUGGCGACCGAACGAAAUGGUAACAUGGCUCUCACCGUCAAAGAUUUACAACAUGAGGUGUACAAGGCUAGGCGGUUGAAGAUGGUUGGAGGGGAAUCGGUGGCAAUGAUGGAGUACUUUGAAAAAAUGCAAUCCGGCAACCAAAAUUUUUUCCAUGCUCAACGUUUGGAUGAAGAAGGGAGGCUUAAGGAUGUGUUGUGGGUGGAUGCAAGAAGUAGGGUAGCUUAUGAGGACUUUGGUGAUGUGGUUUUCUUCGACGCGACAUACCUAACAAAUGAGUACGAGCUCCAAUUUGCGAACUUUGUCGGUGUGAACCACCAUGGGCAGUCGUUGUUGUUGGGAUGUGCUCUUGUUUCACAUGAAGACUGCGAUACGUUUGCGUGGAUAUUCCGACAGUGGCUAGCUUGCAUGAACAACCGAGCUCCUAAAGCCAUUUUGACCGACCAAGCGGCAGCUAUGCGAAGGCCCCUAGCUGAAGUCAUGCCGAACACGGUUCAUCGUUGGUGCAUAUGGCAUAUCAUGAGCAAGAUCCCUGAGAAACUUGGCAAGUGUGCACGUUACCAAGAUUUCAUCAACCCCCUCAAAGAGCUGGUGUAUGAGAGCUUUGACCCCGAGGAGUUCUAA